CAUGAAGCUGGCAGUGUUGCUUUUGAUGAUGCUCCAAAGAAGAUGUCUGACAUACAGAUGAGAAUUGAAACAAAGACUUCAAGUUUAAAAAAUAUUCAAAAUGAAAUAGCAAAAAGCAAACUUGACGCAGUGGAAGCUCGUAAACUAGAACAAGUAUUUACUUACUUAGACGCGCACUUAUAG